AUGUCGUUAGAUAAGAAAUAUGAUUCAUCAAUUAUAGAUGUUGCUCAAGUAGGUUCAAUUGAAGAUCAUGUUAUAGCAUCUGGAUAUAAGGAUUUCAAUGAUAAAUUAGAUAUAGCCAAAUAUGGAGAAACCAAGAGAAAAUUAUCGUCAAGACAUGUUUCAUUAAUGAUUAUUGGACAAUCGAUCGGAUCUGGUUUAUUCAUUGGUCUUUCGUCUCCAUUAAUGACUUCAGGAUCAUUAUCACUUUUAACUGGAUUUAUAUUUUGGGCUGUAUUGGUAAUCUGGGUUUUAAUGCAAUGUAUUGGAGAAAUGUGCUCUUAUUUACCUAUUAAAGGUAGCUUUCUACAUUUUUCAGCUAGAUUUGUCGAUCCAGCUCUUGGAUUUGCUGUUACUUUGAUUUAUUUAUAUGCAUCAUGUAUGUUUAUUUGUUUAGAAGCUACUGCUUUUUCAUCCACAGUUAAAUUUUGGACUGGUGAUAAAUAUAAUCCCGGGAUUUUUAUAACGGUAUGCUUGGUUUGUUACUUCUUUUUUAAUAUUUAUGGUGUGAAUUGGUAUGGUGAAAUUGAAUUUUUCAGUUCCAUGUUAAAAGUAUUAUUAAUUGUUGGUUUAAUGCUUUUUGCAUUAAUAUCAAUGUGUGGAGGUAAUCCUCAACAUAACGCUUAUGGAUUUCAACAUUGGAAAGAAGGAGGAUUAGCUAGAGCUUAUUUAGUAAAAGGUUCUACUGGGAAAUUUCUUGGAUGGUGGAAUGUUUUAAUUUAUGCUGCUUUUUCAUGUGGUGGACCGGAUUUGUUAGCUUUAGUGUCUGGUGAAAUGAGAAAUCCUCGUAAAAAUGUGGCCCUUGCAUCUAGAAGAGCUUAUAUUAGAAUUUAUUUAUUUUAUUUUGGUGGUAUUUUCUUUAUGAAUACUUUAUGUUCAUCUAUAAAUCCAACUUUAUUGGCUGCUGCAGUUAAUGGUUCAGUUGGUGCCGCUGCAUCUCCUUGGGUUAUUGGUAUUAAAGAAGUUGGUGUACAUGGAUUAGAUUCCUUAGUUAAUGCAUUAAUUAUGAGUUCAGUAUUUUCAUGUGGUAAUGCAUUUUUUUAUGGUUCCACUAGAACAGCCUAUAGUGCUGCCUUAGCAGGCUAUUUACCAAGAGUUUUUUCAAGAUGUUUAAAAAAUGGUUGUCCUAUUUAUUGUGUCGUUCUAACUUCACUAAUUUCAUGUUUAGCCUUUUUAAGUAUCUCAAAUUCAACGGCCGUCGUAUUCAAUUGGUUUAUUAAUUUGGCAACUACUGGUUUAUUAUGUGCUUAUAUAUGUAUGUGGUUGUCAUAUUUUAAAUUUAGAAGAGGGUUAAAAGCUCAAGGCAUUGAUAUUAACAGUGAUUCAUAUCCUUAUUUUAGAGCAACCAAGUUUAUCAUGCCAUUAGCUUAUUUUGGAUUUUUUAUUAAUGUGAUUGUAUUGAUCUUCAAUGGGUUCUGGAUCUUUUUCCCAGGUCAAUUUAAUGUGGCAAAUCUUUUCACAUCCUAUUUUGCACCUGUGUUCUUUAUAUGUUUAUAUGUGUUCUGGAAAGUGCUUAAACGAACUAAAAUUAGAACUGAUGACGAAGUUGAUUUAACUACUGGGAAACAAGAAAUUGAUGACGAAGAAGUGAUAGAACUUGAAUACGAAAGUAAUCAUGUCAGAAAGACCGGUAUAGUAUUUAAGAUAUGGUAUGCCAUAGCAGAUUUUUGUUUCAAUUAG